AUGUCUGAGGCAGCCGGUGCUCAGCCCGCCGCGGCCAAGGCGGCACCCCAGCAGCAGCAGAAGCAGCAGCAGCCCAAGCAGAAGCAGCAGCAGCAGCAGCAGCAGGGCAAGAAGAACGACAAGAAGGACAAGAAGAGCGGUGGCGCGAUCGCCGAGCUGAACCCGCCUCCUGAGUGGUUUGCCGAGCGCAUCAAGAUCUUUGACGACUACAUGGCAAAGCACAAUGAGUUUGUGUCCAAGCAGCCCCGUUCCCCAAUCACCAUCACGCUCCCAGACGGCAAAGAGAUCGAGGGUACGGCAUGGGAGACCACGCCCAUGGACAUUGCCAAGGGCAUCUCGACGUCGCUGGCAGACCGCGUCAUCAUCGCCAAGGUCGACAACCAGGAGCUCUGGGACCUCACCCGCCCUCUCGAGAAGAGCGUCUCGCUCGCCCUCCUCGACUUUGACUCUCCCCAGAACGACUACGAGGCGCGCCAGGUCUUCUGGCACUCGUCCGCCCACGUCAUGGGUGAGGCCUGUGAGCGCUCGUUCGAGGGGUGCUGCCUCGGCUACGGCCCACCCCUUCCUGAAGGUGGUUUCUUCUACGACAUGAACCUUGCCAACGAGAAGACGAUCGGCCCCGAGGACUACAAGCAGAUUGAGGAGAUUUCGAAGAAGGCCGUCAAGGAGAAGCAGAAGUUUGAGCGCCUCUCGCUACCAAAGGAAGUCCUCUUGGAGAUGUUCAAGUACAACAAGUACAAGCAGCACUACAUCAACGACAAGGUUCCUGAUGGCACCGAGUCGACCGUCUACCGCUGCGGUCCCCUCAUCGACCUGUGUCUUGGGCCCCACGUCCCCCACACCGGCCGCAUUAAGUCGCUUGCUGUCACGAAGAACUCGUCGUCGUACUUCCUCGGUGACAAGGACAAUGACUCGUUCCAGCGUGUGUACGGCAUGUCGUUCCCGGACUCGAAGCAGAUGACCGAGUGGAAGAAGCUCCAGGAGGAGGCAGCCAAGCGCGACCACCGCAAGAUUGGUCUCCAGCAGGAGCUCUUCUUCUUCUCCGACCUCAGCCCCGGUUCGCCGUUCAUGCUCCCCCUGGGCAUGCGAAUCUACAAUGCGCUGAUGAAGUUCGUGCGCGAGGAGUACCACAAGCGCGGGUUCGUUGAGGUCGGCACGCCCAACAUGUUCAACUCGAAGCUCUGGCAGACGUCGGGGCACUGGGAGCACUACAGCAAGGACAUGUUCCUGCUCAAGGUUGAGGAGGAACAGUUUGCGCUCAAGCCCAUGAAUUGUCCCGGCCACUGUGUCGCGUUUGACCACCGCGAACGCUCGUACAAGGAGCUGCCGCUCCGCAUGGCCGAGUUUGGUGUGUUGCACCGCAACGAGGCGUCGGGUGCGCUCUCUGGCAUGACCCGCGUGAGGCGAUUCGUGCAGGACGACGCGCACAUCUUCUGCACGGUCGACCAGAUUGGUGAUGAGCUGCUUGGCGCCAUCGACUUCCUCGACGCCAUUUACAAGCCGUUUGGCUUCGACUACAAGGUCGGUCUGUCGACGCGCAACCCUGAAAAGUGGAUGGGCGACCUCGAGGUGUGGAACAAGGCCGAGGCAUCGCUCAAGGACGUGCUUGAGACCAAGAUGCCAGGCAAGUGGCACAUCAAUGAGGGCGACGCCGCGUUCUACGGGCCCAAGCUCGACUUUGACCUCACUGACGCACUCGGCCGCAAGUGGCAGUGCGGCACGAUCCAGCUCGACUUCCAGCUUCCCGAGCGCUUUGACCUCUCGUACCGCGGCCCCGAGCAGCCGAACGCUGACGGCACCGGAAACUUCCAUCGCCCUGUCAUGAUCCACCGUGCCAUUCUCGGCUCGAUCGAGCGUUUCCUGGCCAUCAUUACCGAGAACUGCGCUGGCCGCUGGCCAUUCUGGCUCUCGCCCCGUCAGGUCGUCGUUAUCCCCGUCGCGGCUCUGUACCGCGACUACGCCGUCAAGGUCGCCAAGGCCUUCUCUGACGCCGAGAUCUACGCCGAGGCUGACCUGUCUGACAACACGCUCAACAAGAAGAUCCGCAACGCCCAGACGCACCAGUGGAACUUCAUCAUGGUGGUUGGCCAGGACGAGCUCGACGCCGGCGCUGUCAACAUCCGUAACCGUGACGACGAGGUGCAGGGCCGCGAGGAGACUGUCAAGCUUGAGGAUGCCAUCGUCAAGCUCGUCAAGCUGAGGGCCGAGCGCCAGCGUGUUUCUAAGCUCGCUUAG